CUCUUCUUAAAGUCCACGCGCGACCAGAGUUCCGCGGCUGAACCUGCGCGCAUCACUUGUUGCGUUCACGAACAGUUCCCCAGAGUCUCUCUAUUUAAAGAGGCAACUACCGGCAAACAACAUGGCACACGGGCUUGUCAGACGAGAGUCAGUAGAAACGGAGAUGCACAAGUCCGAAGACAAAAGAAAAUCGUUCGUUUACACCAAGAAGAGGGGCUACGAUGUCACUCGAAACCCCCACCUGAACAAGGGGAUGGCUUUCUCCCUGGAGGAGCGUCUCCAGCUGGGGAUCCACGGCCUGCUGCCUCCCUGCUUUAUCAGUCAGGAUGUCCAGCUGCUCCGAGUGCUCAAGAACUAUGAAAUGAAGAAAGAUGACCUGGACAGAUACGUGUUCUUGAUGGGACUCCAGGAUCGUAACGAGAAGCUCUUCUAUCGGAUGAUAACCUCCGAUGUGGAGAGGUUUAUGCCCAUCAUUUAUACCCCCACUGUAGGCUUGGCCUGUCAGCAGUAUGGCCUUAUAUUCAGAAGACCAAGGGGGCUGUUCAUCACUAUUCAUGACCGUGGUCACAUUGCUUCCAUCCUCCAAAACUGGCCAGAAAAGGACAUCAAGGCCGUGUGUGUAACGGAUGGAGAGAGGAUCCUGGGGCUGGGAGACCUUGGUUGCAAUGGUAUGGGCAUCCCAGUUGGCAAGCUGGCCCUCUACACAGCAUGUGGAGGUAUGCCACCACAACAGUGCCUGCCUGUCUUGCUGGAUGUGGGCACAGACAAUGAGGCACUGCUGAAGGACCCUCUCUACAUUGGCCUGAGGCAUAAGAGAGUGCGAGGCCAGGCCUAUGACGACCUGCUAGAUGAAUUUAUGAAGGCCGUGUCAGACAGGUACGGCAUGGACUGUCUGAUUCAGUUUGAGGACUUUGCAAAUGUCAAUGCUUUCCGUCUGCUGAGCAAGUAUCGCAACAUGUACUGCACCUUCAAUGAUGACAUCCAAGGGACUGCUUCAGUGGCAGUAGCCGGACUUCUGGCUGCCCUUCGUAUCACCAAAACCAAAAUGUGCGACCAUACCAUUGUGUUUCAAGGGGCAGGAGAGGCAGCGAUGGGAAUUGCAGAGUUGAUCACCAUGGCCAUGGAGAAGGAGGGACUCACAAAAGAAGCGAGCUUGAAAAAAAUCUGGAUGGUUGAUUCCAAGGGUCUCAUUGUCAAGGGUCGGGACCACCUGACUCAUGAGAAAGAGCAGUUUGCUCAUGAACAUCCUCAGAUGAAGAGACUGGAGGAUGUGGUCAGGGAGCUGAAACCUACAGCUAUCAUUGGUGUGGCAGCUGUUGCCGGAGCCUUCUCCGAGCAGAUCAUCAGGGACAUGGCCUCCUUCAAUGAACGGCCCAUCAUCUUUGCCCUCAGCAACCCAACCAGCAAAGCUGAAUGUACUGCUGAGCAGUGCUACACCAUCACAGAGGGACGUGCCAUCUUUGCCAGUGGCAGCCCGUUCGACCCCGUCACCCUGUCUGAUGGGAGGACAUUGUUCCCCGGUCAGGGCAACAAUGCCUACAUCUUCCCUGGUGUGGGCCUGGGCGUCAUUGCCUGUGCCUUGAAACAUAUUCCUGAAGAAAUCUUCCUGACUGCAGCAGAGGCUCUUGCUCUCCUGGUGACGGAGAAGGACCUGGCCGAGGGAAGGCUGUAUCCUCCCCUCAGCUCCAUCAGGGAUGUUUCUUUCAAACUGGCCGUCAGGAUCAUGGAGUACGCCUAUGAGCACAAAAUGGCCACGCUUCGCCCAGAGCCGUCCGACAAAGGAGCAUACAUCCGCUCACUCUCCUUUAGCACUGACUACGAUGAGUUUGCUGUUGACUCAUACAACUGGCCAGAGGACUGUAUGAAUGUGCAGUCGUGUAAACUUUAAUAUUUUAUAUAUGGUAUUUUUAAAAUAAAGGCCAACAACUCAGGUAGACCUAUCUCCAACUUCAGAGUGGAAAAGUAUAAAAUACUGACAAGAGGUAAAGUCAUUAAUUGAAGAAGUCAGUGCAGUUUGCAAAAACAUGUGAAGUAAUGUACCAGUGGUUAUUAUCACAUUAUUAUACAGUAAAAUAUCUGAGGAAGGUCCUUCAUGGGUUACUUUUAAUUGUACUGUAAUACCCAGUUACUUUAUGACUGUGUCAGCUGAAAUCCAAAGAUGCUUUGUUAAAUAAAAAUGAUUUUGAUUAAAAUUAGUCAUGUGUGA